AAGAGAAACUCUCCCCCAAGUGGGAUUUCCAUCUCUGCCGUGAGGGGAGGAGCCUCCUCUCCUGCACGAGAGUCCGGGGAGCUAGGAGGGAGAGCCUCGCUUAAGAGUUCGAGCCUCCUUCCUCUCAUGCAUCUUCCUCAUCCCCCAAUCCUCGCUCCUAUAAUUAUAAAAUGAUCAGAAGCGUUGUUUGUUUUUUGGUGACAGGCAUAAGAACAAGCAUGGAUGGAUAAUGGAUAGAAUAUUUGGUGAAGAUCGAGUGAACAGUGAAUAAUGGUAGGUAGAGGUGAGGGGAGACUGGAGAGCAAACCUUUUUUUGUGUGUAAUCGAUGGAAUCAUCCAUGGCCCCCAUGGACGGUUCACGGUUCUCAAAUCUCAAUCGAAUGAUUCGAAAGGGCCCCACGAUGGGAUGCCCUUGUCACUCCGGCUGCUGACAGAGAGAAACAAGAGGGCGACAGAAAUUCUUUGGUUCCUUUUAUUUUGGUAAAAGUGAAAGGAAGAAACUCAUUUUUUUAGUUCCCACUUCCCAGUCGCGAGGCUUACAGUACUACGUGUCAGAGAAACCUGGAAUUUUCAUCUGGAUACAGGUCAGGAAGCUGUACUUUUAAUUACUUUAGUUGCAAAAUAGCUAGAGAGAAGAAAAGGGCAAUCGUCUUGACAAUAAGUCGCUGCAAUUUGGAAUAGAAAUCCAUUCUAAUUAAGAUCGAGGUUUUUAUGCAAUGAAAAUCCUGGAUCUCUUCAUCGUUGCAUUGAUGCCAGUCCUGAAAACACUCCUCGUUACUGCCGUUGGAUUACUGCUUGCAGUAGAUCGUAUAGGUCUCUUGGGGGCCGACGCAAGGCAUCAUUUGAACAAUAUUGUAUUUUAUGUGUUCACUCCUGCACUCAUGGUUAGCAACUUGUCUGAAACUAUAACUUUUGACAGCUUGAUUACAUUGUGGUUCAUGCCAGUGAAUAUCCUUCUCACAUUUUUUAUUGGCUCAAUACUUGCAUGGUUACUUAUCAAAGUCACCAGAACUCCUAAACAUCUACAUGGCCUUGUAAUUGGUUGCUGUUCUGCAGGAAAUCUGGGAAACUUGCUUCUGAUUAUUGUCCCAGCAGUCUGUGACGAAACAAAUAGCCCAUUUGGAGAUUCAUCCACCUGCUCGACAAAUGGAGAAGCUUACGCUUCACUUUCUAUGGCGGUUGGAGCAAUUUAUAUAUGGUCUUACGUGUAUAUGAUCAUGCGGGUAUUUGCAAAUAAGAGAGCUGAAGAUAUCGAUACACGCGACUCGACAAUCACCAUAACGUUUUCUGGAGAACCCUCGGAAACAUUUCCAGGGACUUGCACAGAGGCACUGCUUCCUUCAAGGGACUGUCCUAGCUCUGAUGACCAGUCAGAUCAAGUUGAACUGCCUCGCACUAAAUGUGUGGGGAAGGUGAAGGUGUCAAUUCUGAAUCAGAUUAUAGAGUGCACCAAGAAGCUUGCAGGACAUAUCAAUCUGAAGAUGGUUUUCGCACCAUCUACAAUUGGAGUGAUUGUUGGGUUCAUCAUCGGAAUAAUUUCCCCAAUUCAGAAACUAAUGAUUGGUGAUAAUGCUCCUCUUCGUGUGAUCAUUAGUUCUGCAUCUCUUCUGGGGGAGGCAUCAAUUCCAUCUAUGACUUUGAUAGUGGGAGCAAACCUGCUUAAGGGCUUAAGAAGAUCAGAAGUAGGUCUCUUACUUAUUGUAGGUGUUAUAGCAGUUCGUUAUAUUGUUUUGCCGCUAUUGGGGGUUGUUAUUGUUAAAGCUGCACACAGUUGGGGCAUGGUGGGAUCAAAUUCAUUAUACCAAUUUAUUCUUAUGCUUCAGUAUGCGCUUCCACCUGCAAUGAGUGUACCAUUACGCAGUUGUUUGGGGCUGGUGAGAGUGAAUGUUCUGUUAUCAUGCUAUGGACAUAUGUUGUGGCUUCAUUCUCUCUUACACUGUGGUCGACCUUCUAUAUGUGGCUGGUGUCAUAAUUUAUAUUCUCUUCUACAUUUGUUUUAAAUAACCUUGUGUGAUUCCUUGGUCACACAAGGCUAUACAGCAUAUAUUUAUAUUGAUCAAAGGGUGAGGUGAUCAGCAUUCUUUACAUUGUGGAUUCUUUUUUGGUGUACCAGAUUUCCCCAUUUUGAUUGUAAUGCCAUGAACCACCAAACUGGGUAGGAAGUCGAGUCUUUGUCAUUUCUAAAUAUGUUUUAGUUUGCUUCUGGUUUUUUUA